AGUGGCGCAGUCGGCCACAACGCCUACGUAAUCUCAAGCACUCAACUUUUACCCAGCACAUUUCCUUUUCUCCUGCAUCCGCAGAAUCUCUAUAUUAGCAACACGGCCACUGCAUCAAUUUUAGCCAUUUCCUUUGUCUUGAACACCACUGUGCUGCUUCGUGCCCAAUCUCUUACCUCAACCCGUCAAAAUGUCGAAGAACGAUCAACCUCCUCCCUACGGUGGCGACCAACCACAACCUCCUCAACCAUCUUACGGAGGCCAAGCAGCGCCCUAUGGCAACAGCCAGCCUGCGCCAUACGGCGGCCAGAGCUCAUACCAGUAUGACAACCCAGCUGGAGCGUAUGGAGGCCAACAGCAAUACCCCAAUCAGCAGCAGUAUCCCAACCAGCAAAUGCCGCCCCAAGGCGGAUACUACGAAGGCCCCAAGAUGGGCUAUUACAACCAACAGCAAGGACAAUACCCUCCUCAGGGACAAUAUGGCCCUCCACAAGGCUACCAAGGACAAUACCAGGGAGGAUACCAGCAGCAAGGCUAUUUCCCUGGCCAACAAGACCGCGGUCGCGGAGGUGCCGGCGCAGGCAUUGCUGGUGGUCUGCUUGCUGGUUUGGCAUGCUGCUGCUGCGUUGACCUCUGCCUCUUUUAAUACCACAAAUCUCAUGGCUGGCCGUGAGGAAAUCUUGGCGGAGUAGAAGACCGAAGUUGUUUUACUAGAGCUUACAAGGAGUUGGAGUACGUGCUUGCUGAAAUAUCUGGCGCAAUGGUUUUAUGGAGUUUAUGGGUCGCUUCUAUAACUUAAAGGUAGCAAUACAAAGUACUGAUCUUUUUUUAUCCCGUAGCGUUUGCGCCAAGGUGUGGACGGUGGUAUUGGUGGUGGCCGCCCAGAUCAAGGGUCGUCUGUGAUCUUCAUUUUGACAUCGCGAUAUGCUGAGAGGUAAAACACGUAUCAAGAUGAACUAGGUGGAAUAUAUAGCCGUCUUUGUUGAGUAGAAGUUUGAUUCACAUUCGUCUCGCAUUUGCCCGGUAUCGACACCUUAACUUUCAAGGUAGCAGUCUGAACACGGAGUGAGUUUCGCGUCCAGG